AUGUGGGCCUCGGCGGCGGAAGCGGAGGCGGAGAAGCGGCUCCUGCAGCAGCAGGCGCUGCAGCGUGGCAAGGGCCUCUACCAGGUGAACCCCCAGGUGACCUCAUACCACAACCUGCGUGCUGCGCCCAGCGUCUUCUCCCCCAUCGUGGGCACGCUGGAGGCCUAUGAUGUCAUCGAGGUGUCACAGACCAUUCAGCUGGCCAGCGGCGACGGCACGGAGUUCUGGGCGCAGCUGUUGCGGCGCUCCGCGGGGCCGGCGCCCUGGGCGCUGAUCGCCGACGACGGCGUGUACCUGCGGAAGCUGCUUCGGCCGGGCGAUGCCUGGGAAAAGCCCAAGGACUGGGUGCCGGCGGCAGAGGAGGAGGAGCCCUAUGGCGAAGCCGCCCAAUCGGCACGGAGCCGAGCCAACGAGCUUGCUGACAAGCGACCUGAGCAUUUCUCACUCCCUGAGUUCAUGGACUUGAGGCGUUGGUGGCCAUUUUAG